UCAACUACGGAGUACACGGGAUGGAAACUGCUCUCCGCCUUUGGGAGACAACACAUGGUUCAGCUUAAUAAAGCUGUGAUUGGAGACCAAAGCAGAAGGCACUUUCUCAGGCUUUCUGUGGCCAGCCUGAAGGAGAAAGAACAUUCAUGCCCCCAAAGUCCAGAACGAUGGAAGGACAAGGGGUAGGCCGAACCCUCAGGCUGCUCCGAAAUCGCUUGCCACGACUUCGAGCAGGACCGUCCCAGAACAACACUGUGGAAGCUGCCACAGAACCGGAAAGGACCCAGGAACAUUCCCUGUCUAGCUUUGCUGGAGGCCAGCACUUCUUUGAAUACCUUCUUGUCGUUUCUUUAAAGAGAAAUCGGUCAGGGGAUGACUAUGAACCCACAAUCACCUACCAGUUUCCCAAGAGGGAGAACCUGCUCCGGGGUCAACAGGAGGAGGAGGAACGGCUACUCAAAGCCAUUCCUUUGUUCUGCUUCCCUGAUGGGAACGAGUGGACACAACUCACAGACUAUCCCAGGGAGACCUUCUCAUUUGUCCUGACCAACGUGGAUGGAAGCAGGAAGAUUGGAUACUGCAGGCGCCUCCUGCCUGCCGGUCCUGGCCCUCGCCUUCCCAAAGUAUACUGCAUCAUCAGCUGCAUCGGCUGCUUCGGCCUGUUCUCCAAGAUACUAGAUGAAGUAGAGAAGAGGCAUCAGAUCUCCAUGGCUGUCAUCUACCCAUUCAUGCAAGGUCUCCGAGAGGCUGCCUUCCCUGCUCCUGGAAAGACUGUCACCCUUAAGAGCUUUAUCCCUGACUCAGGCACAGAGUUCAUCUCACUGACAAGACCCCUGGACUCCCACUUGGAACAUGUGGACUUUAGUGCUCUGUUGCACUGUCUCCAUUUUGAGAAGAUUAUUCAGAUCUUUGCCUCUGCAGUACUGGAAAGAAAAAUCAUCUUCCUGGCAGAAGGUCUCAGUACCCUGUCUCAGUGUAUUCACGCCGCAGCAGCUCUGCUCUACCCCUUUAGCUGGGCACACACAUACAUCCCUGUGGUCCCUGAGAGCCUUCUGGCAACUGUCUGCUGCCCCACCCCCUUCAUGGUCGGGGUACAGAUGCGCUUCCAGCAGGAGGUGAUGGAGAGUCCCAUGGAAGAGGUCCUGUUGGUUAAUCUUUGUGAAGGAACCUUCCUAUUGUCGGUUGGUGAUGAAAAAGACAUCCUACCACCAAAACUUCAGGAUGACAUCUUGGACUCUCUUGGUCAGGGAAUAAAUGAGUUAAAGACUUCAGAACAAAUCAACGAGCAUGUUUCAGGACCUUUUGUGCAGUUCUUUGUCAAGACUGUGGGUCACUAUGCUUCCUAUAUUAAACGCGAGGCCAGUGGGAAAGGCCACUUCCAAGAACGAUCCUUCUGUAAAGCUGUCACCUCCAAAACCAAGCGCCGGUUUGUGAAGAAGUUUGUGAAGACACAACUUUUCUCCCUGUUCAUCCAAGAAGCAGAGAAGAGCAGGAAUCCUCCUGCAGGCUAUUUCCAAAAGAAAAUACUUGAAUACGAAGAGCAGAAGAAACAGAAGAAAUCAAGGGAAAAGACUGUGAAGUAAAGGCCAUGGUGGGCAACACUGUCUAGAGCUACAGGCCAAUUUGGACUUUGGCCCUUCUGGUGUGACAGGAUCAGUGAGGGAGGCUCUCAGCCCCGGAAUCCAUGGCCUCCUUCCAACUGGUACCCAGUCUUACUUCAAAGUGGUGUCUGAGUUUGGGAUCCUUGGUGUCAGCGUUUCUCAGAACUUUGAGAGCUCUCAUCCAAGCUCAUAGAACUGUACUCAAAGCUGCAUUUUUAGCAGACUGGACACAGUGGGAAACAGUAGUACAGGUGUGGGUGCUUGAUUAGCAAUUUCUGCAACUGCCAUCUCCUGUGAACCACUGUUAUAAAAUCUUCAGCAGACAACAUUGUUGGGGCCCAAUGACCCAUGUACAAAAGAGUGGUCUGACAUGUGAGGAUGAGAAUAAAGAUAUAAACUGCUUAUUGUUUGUCAAUCUAGGAGGCACUGUAUAGGAGAACUAAACUAGACAUGGAGAAGAACCUGGUCACACUAGGCUGUUUGGAAUCACAAAACCAGGGGUCAACAGCACCACUUCUAGUAGGAAGAGUAAGAAAUCUUGAUCAAUGUGGCCACAACAUAGUAGUCUUUGGUACAAGUCAGGUGUGCUUUCCAGAAUCAUGAGCAGGAAUUGCUAGCAUGAAGGAGGCAGCUUGGCCGGGGACAACUUAAUGGAGAAAUCCCCAUCAACAGAAGCCUUUGAAGGCUACUUCAUGACUUCCAUAAACAGACCAGACUGCCCUUAACCCAGCCAGGGGUAGUCCAUGACCUUCAGUCUUAGGCAUCUCACCUCAACUGCUUAUUUAGGUUCCAAUUCUAUUCUCUAAGGUGGAGAGAUUCCUCUCUGCAUUGGCAUUUUUUUCCCUUUAUAAUCAAAAGUUUUUAUUAUUUAUCUAGGCCUUCUUUUCCUAUACUACAUUCAGUUUCUGCUUAAAAUUGCAAGAGAAACAUCUUGCCUUCUAAAAUUCUAUCUUUGAAAUGCUUUCCCACCGUACUUUUUAUGGCAGCCUUCAGAAGUUUCUGAAUCCCAUACAAAGAGUGCAAAUGCUGUGGGAGGUGUAACAAGAGGCAGGGCCACAAAAUGGAAGUUUAAGGGACACAUUCUGACUUGAGGAACACAUACUCCUACUGCAGGUGGUAGAUGUCCACAUGCCAUGCCUAAUAUAAUUCUACAGCUUCUAGGAACCAUUCUAUCUGUUUAGAGGGUUUAUAGAAGUGGUUGCUAAAACCUUGUUAGAUCUUGAAAAGUUUCAGACCAAAAACCAGAAUGCUGUCAAGGCUGAGAAAAAAACUGAGGCUCCAAAAUAGGUCUAUCUGGUAGACUUCUGAACCUGGAGUACAUAUGGUGGCACAGCCUAUGUCCCCAGCAUUCAGGAGGCUAAGCAAGGAGAACUGAGAGUUCAAGGCCAGCCCAAGCUACUGUGGGACCUUGUCCAGAAUCCCCACCAAAAAGGUCCAGACUAUGUUUUCUAAAAAACACCCACAUGUUGAAUGAUUCUCAUACUCUAGGAGGUCAGUGAACACAGCAUCCAGGGCCAGCUGAGGCUUUAUACAAAGCAAUCAUUGACUUAAUGAUGCUGACAUUUUUCUAGGGCCAAAGGAAGCACACAUGAGCGAUUUUCAGAUUUCCUCUAUGUUGAGGAGAAAAAAACAUGACACAUGUGUUUAUUUCAAUUAGCCCUGAGUAACUCUGUUUAUAGCAUUGGUAUUGUAUAGAAAACACUAACUAGAAUUCAGAAGACAGCCUAGAUUCCAUCUGGAGUACAGUAAUAAUGUGUGACAACUGGUAUUUCAUUUCGCCUCUUUAGGCCUCAAUUUCCACUAGGCAUAAACAACUGUUAAAUGUCUGCUGAAAUAAAUAAAACAAUGGAUGUAACUGUA